UAGUUUGCUUGUACUCACAUUCUCAAGUUGCUUUUCCUUUCAUGUUUCUUUCCUUCCUGGCUAAGAAAUCCCUUUCCUAUCUCUCCAACAUCUUGCUUCUGUGAAUUUUAAAGUUGAUAGUGAAACGGGUUUUUUGAUAUCAUCAUUGAUAUUGCAUGCAGAUGAGAAGGAAAUGUGUGUGAAAAAGGAAUAGGAAUAGUGAAAAUGACGAAGGGCGACGGUUCAGAGAAGAGAGUUCCUGCUGGCCAUCGCUUUACCGAUAUUGUGCUUUCUUGGUCCCUUGAAGAUAUUGAAAACGAAGACCUUUACAAGUACCAGGUGGAAAACAUUCCGCAAUCCUUUGAAUCAGUUGGCCAGUAUUUUGGGUCAUAUGUUUACCCCUUACUGGAAGAAACUCGUGCACAACUGCAUUCGAGUAUGGAGAUUAUUUCAAGAGCCCCUUUUGCUGAAGUAAUUGAAUUUCAUGAAUCUAAGGGUGGAAGAAAAUCGUAUGAUGUUGAGGUUGAUCAGUGGAGAAACAGAUUCACUGCUCCUGGCGAGGAGCCUUACAAGACAUUGCCUGGAGAUGUAUUUGUUUUAGCAGAUGCCAAACCCGAGGAUGUUUCUGAUUUACGAAGAAUAGGAAGGCAAUGGGAUUUUGUAGCUGUCACCAAAAUUCCUGAGGCUGUGAAUAAGGAUGAUGAUGUGAAUGAGGAUGAUGAGGAUGAUGAGGAUGAUGAUGUGAAUGAGGAUGAUGAGGAUGAUGAUGUGAAUGAGGAUGAUAGCACAUCAACCAGAUUUGAAGUCAAAGCAUUGCAAGACAUUGAAGUUGACGUUGGGAACCAUAAGUCUUGGUUUGUGAUUUUCUUGAUAAAUACAAUCCCUAACAAGAGAAUAUGGAACGCAUUGCACAUGCGGGGAAAUCUACAGAUUAUCAAGAAAGUUUUGUGCACUAAUUCUUUGAUUGAGGAAGAUUGUGAUCUCUGCUCUGCAGAGAUUGAUGGCAGCUGGCAUGAGAAAUUUGGGACCAGUAUAAAUUCUAAACUGAAUGAACCCCAAACCCAGACAUUUCUGGCAUGUCUUCGUAAGAUGCAUUGCAGCCACAAGAAGGAAGUGGAACUUAUAUGGGGCCCGCCCGGUACUGGGAAAACAAAAAUCAUUAGUACUCUGCUCUUAUCUUCUUUUAGAAUGGGAUAUAGAACUCUUACCUGUGCCCCAACAAAUGUUGCACUUAGUGGAGUGGCCUCCUGCGUAAUAGAGUUGGGGAAAGAAUUGCUUGAAACGGAUGGUUCUUUUUUCUCAUUGGGAGAUAUUCUUUUGUUUGGGAAUAAGGAGCGACUCAAACUUGGUUCAGACAUCAAAGAGAUAUUUUUAGAUUGUCGGGUCCGAAGGCUUAAAAAGUGCUUGGGACAUCGGACUGGUUGGAGGCGUCGUUUUGAUUCAAUGAUUUAUCUUCUCGAGGAUUGUGUUUCUCAGUAUCACAUGCACUUGGAAAAGAGCAAAGAAAAACAGAUCAAAGAGGAAAGCGGGGAGGAAACUGAUGCUAGCAAAAAAAACAUACGAGUCAUUUCUUGAUUUUGUGAGAA